CUUUCAAUCCUCAGCAGCCUGCGGAAGAUACACUCGACAAGACUAAAAUCACAGAAUCUACCGAUCAGAGAAAAUCCUCGCAACACCACAGGUUACUGCCAAGGAUGGCGGGGAUGAAGGAACAGCAGUUCCCUGAGGAAAAGCCCUUGCUCCCAGAGCAGAGAGGAACCGAUUCGGACAUGCAGGAAAAAGGAGAAGAGGCAUCAGGCGGACAGCCGUGCCCUUCGACCCAUAAGCCCUUCAACAACCCCCCGCCGCACAGUCGUCCUACUCAUCGUUGGCAUGUCAUCGCACGACAUUGGCUCCGCCAGACCCGCCGUCGGACCAGCGGAACUCUUCCAGACAACUGUGAACAGCUGAUGCCAGUCGGCGAUUGGAAGGAACAUGAUGUUGAGACCCCUUAUGGGAUGCUCCAUGUGGUUAUCCGCGGGGCGCCCAAAGGGAACAAGCCUGCUAUCCUUACCUAUCAUGAUGUGGGACUCAACCACAAAUUAUGCUUCAAUUCUUUCUUCAAUAAUGAGGACAUGCAGGAGAUCACCAAGCACUUUGUGGUUUGCCACGUCGACGCUCCGGGGCAGCAGAUUGGAGCGUCACAGUUGCCACAAGGGUACCAGUAUCCCACUAUGGACCAGUUGGCGAGCAUGCUUUCCACUGUGGUGCAGCAUUUUGGAUUCAAGAGUAUCGUUGGGAUUGGAGUCGGAGCUGGAUCGUACAUCCUGGCCAAGUUUGCUCUCAUCUUCCCUGACCUGGUGGAGGGCUUGGUUCUGCUCAACAUUGACCCCAAUGGCAAAGGAUGGAUUGACUGGGCUGCCACAAAGCUGUCAGGACUGACGAGCACCCUGCCAGACACUGUCCUGCCACAUCUUUUCAGUCAGGAGGAGCUGAUGAACAACACAGAGCUGGUGCAGAGCUACCGGCAACAGAUCAACAACACCAUCAACCAGUUCAACCUGCAGCUUUUCUGGAACAUGUACAACAGUCGGAGGGACUUGGAGAUGAACCGCAGUGGGACUGUGCUGAAUGCCAAAACCCUGAAGUGCCCGGUUAUGUUGGUUGUGGGAGACAAUGCCCCUGCUGAGGAAGGAGUGGUUGAGUGCAACUCCAAGCUCGACCCAACCAACACCACCUUCCUAAAGAUGGCUGACUCUGGUGGACUCCCCCAGCUUACACAGCCUGGGAAGCUCACUGAAGCGUUCAAGUAUUUCCUUCAAGGAAUGGGCUACAUCGCUUAUGUGAAGGAUCGGAGGUUGAGUGGAGGGCCAGUGCCUUCCGCCAGUAUGACUCGCCUGGCUCGCUCCAGGACCGCCUCCCUGACAAGCGCCAGUUCCAUGGACGGGUCACGUUCUCGUGCCUGCACCCACUCCGACAGCACCGAGGGAGUUGGCGCAGUCAGCCACACUAUGGAAGUUUCCUGUUGAGGUGUCAGAAAAAGAGGGGAGGAAGGGGUGGAGGGACAGAGAGAGAAGCCAUAGCGGGGAACAGUCAAGGAGAUUGUUUUAGGAAACGAAUUUGAUGGGAUGACGUCAAUAGCCAUGAUCGCUCUCUCUGUCUUUGUCCUCGAGAUCCUUUGUCUGCUAUCUUCUAUCCUCCUAUAUUGUAACAAAUCAGUUAAUGUGCAUUUACAGUCAAAAGUAGACAUGCAUUCAUCAUGGGCAUGAAUGUCACGUUCAUGUUUGCGCCUUUAAUGAUUGAGUUGAAGUUUCCUUUCCUUCUGAUAAGCUGUCCACUGUAGUAACCGCUUUCUCUGAAAGGCUUAAAGAACAUAAAAUGAGUGCACACAGAGUUCAAAUGAUUUAUAGAGGCUCUAACGUAGAUAAUAUAAACAUUCAACUCACUCUACCAAGUAGCGACGAAGGUUCAAGAAGGAAAUUCGAAUGGACAGAGUCAAGCCUUGCUAAUGUGUUUGUAGGAGUCACCAUUCACUGCAACUGGUGGUUUCUCUUUGCCAUUAUUGAGGCAGACCCUCCUACAUUUUUGAAUAUGCCUAAAAGGCAGGUCUGUACCGCCAAACCAAUCCGUUUUAAUGAACUCGUCCAACUCUGCCAAGACGUGUGGUCAAAUACCAAGUCACAAUUAUCCCAGAAGAAUGCGGUUGGCUAUAAAAUGCACCUGGUUGAGGUCAAACUCACAAAGGAACAUUUGACCAAUAUUAGCGAGUUUUAUAUACACUCUACAUACAGUAUUUCAGCCAGUAUGAAAUACUAAGUGAAUCAGAGAAAUUCACAAAUAAAUAAGAAUAUGUGCACUCAUUUCCUGUUUUUAAAUCUCCUCGAAAGGACAGUUCCAAUCAAUCAUUAAAAGCCCCAAAUAAAUGUAUGCCCAUGAUUGAGUGUUUUGAAACUUCUGAACGCAACUUUGCUAUUGCUAUUCCCAACUCCGCCUUCCUUCGUAAUACUUGCCACAAACUCACUCUUGAAUUUGUACUCUUGACUAUCUCAUAGUUGUGUUUGCUAAGUAGACCCCCUUUAUUGGCUCGAGCCCCUUUCAUCACCCCUUGCCCCCGGCACAUACACAAAAACACAUGAACCGUUUGUGUAGCAAUAUUCAGAAAAGAGCUGCUCAAGUCACGAUAUGAAAAAA